AUGGAGUUCGUCAUUCUGGGCAAGCCGCCCAAGGGCAAGGACGAAAUCAAGAGGAUCAUCGUGUCGAUGGGCGGCCGUGUGGGCACGAAAAUCCACAGCAGAGUGAUGGCGAUCAUCUCCACAAUGGAGGAGGUCGAAAGGAUGAACAGCAGGAUGCAGGCGGCGGAAUACGAGCAGAUACACGUGGUGCCGGAGGAUUUCCUUGAGGAGCCUCAUAGCCGUUUACCCGCCGAGCCCUCAGCCAGCCACAAAUCCAAGUCGCGCAGCAUCUACACCAAAUCGGUGCCCAACAAGGUGACCUUGAAACUCAAAGGCGGCCUCGCCGUCGACCCCGAUUCCGGACUGGAGCACUCUGCGCACGUGUACCAGUCAGGCGGCGACAAGUAUUCGGUGGUGUUGGGCAUCACGGAUAUUCAGACGAAGAAGAACAGCUACUACAAGCUGCAGCUGCUCGAGGCCGAUGCGGGAAGCCGGUACUGGGUGUUCAGGUCGUGGGGGCGCAUCGGGACAACCAUCGGAGUUUAA